UGCAUAUCCAUCCACAUUGGCCAAGCAGGAGUCCAAAUGGGCAAUGCCUGCUGGGAACUAUACUGCUUAGAACACGGCAUUCACCCUGAUGGACAAAUGCCCAGUGACUCCACCGUCGGUUACGGGGACGACUCCUUCAAUACUUUCUUCUCCGAAACCGACUCCGGGAAGCACGUUCCUCGAGCAGUGUUCGUUGACCUUGAGCCAACUGUAGUAGAUGAAGUUCGUACUGGAACAUACAGACAGCUAUUUCAUCCGGAACAAUUAAUUACUGGCAAGGAGGACGCCGCGAACAAUUACGCGAGAGGCCAUUACACGAUAGGGAAAGAAAUAAUAGACCUCACUCUGGACCGAAUUCGCAGGCUCGCCGAAAUGUGCAAAGGACUGCAGGGUUUCUUAAUUUUCCACUCCUUCGGUGGCGGAACAGGCUCAGGCUUCUCCAGCUUACUAAUGGAGCGGCUCUCCGUUGAUUAUCCUAAAAGAAGCAAACUCGCUUUCAGUAUUUAUCCUGCUCCCCAGGUAUCGACGGCGGUUGUGGAGCCGUACAACGCAAUUCUUUAUACCCAUCCGACCCUAGAGCACUGCGAGGUGGCCUUCAUAGUUGACAAUCAAGCUAUUUAUGAGCUGUGCAGAAGGAACUUGGGCAUCGAUAGACCUACGUACACGAAUUUGAAUCGGUUGAUUGGACAAAUUGUUUCGUCGAUUACUGCGAGUUUGCGAUUCGAUGGAGCUCUUAACGUGGAUAUUACGGAGUUUCAGACGAACUUGGUACCGUAUCCUCGCAUUCAUUUUCCUCUGGCAACGUACGCUCCUGUUAUGUCAGCCGCGAAUGCGAGCCAUGAGAGAAUUUCUGUGGCAGACAUAACAAAUUCUUGCUUCGAGCCAAAUCACCAGAUGGUAAAUUGCGACCCUCGAAGAGGUAAAUACAUGGCGGUGUGCAUGCUCUACAGAGGAGACGUUGUCCCAAAAGAUGUAAAUUCGGCGAUCGCGAUGAUUAAGAGACAGAAACAUGUUCAGUUUGUCGAAUGGUGUCCUACUGGUUUUAAGGUGGGAAUUAAUUAUCAGCCCCCUACUGUAGUACCAGGCGGAGAUCUGGCUAAAGUAGAAAGAGCUGUAUGUUGUCUCUGCAACACCACCGCAAUAGUCGAAGCUUGGGCCAGAAUUGAUCACAAGUUUGAUCUCAUGUAUGCCAAAAGAGCAUUCGUUCAUUGGUUUGUCGGAGAAGGUAUGGAAGAAGGUGAAUUCGCUGAAGCAAGAGAAGAUUUAGCAGCUCUAGAAUUGGAUUAUCGCGAAGUACAGGAAGAUGCGGUGAAUUCUGAAGAGGAAGGAGAAUAUUGA